GGGCGGAGCGCGACCGGAGCCCCGGAGCCCCCGCGCCCGCAGCCUGGCGGACAACUGUUGCGGCGGCGCGCGUGGGCAGCCCCGCGCCCCUGCAGGCGGCUCCCGCGGGCGCCGGCUCCCGGCUGCAUAGCGAGGAGCGACCGGCGCGAGCACGAGGCAGCGCCGGACGGGUCAAUGCCAGCCGGAUGAUGACCAGUUGUGGCCAGCGGUCCCGGAACGUGCUCGCGGUAUUCUCCCUGUUGUUUCCUGCAGUCCUGUCCGCACAUUUCCGGGUCUGUGAGCCUUACACGGACCACAAAGGCCGCUACCACUUUGGUUUCCACUGCCCCCGGCUCUCGGACAACAAAACUUUCGUCCUUUGCUGUCACCAUAACAACACGGUCUUCAAAUACUGCUGCAACGAGACGGAGUUCCAGGCGGUCAUGCAGGCAAACCUCACAGCCGGCCCCGAGGGCUACAUGCACAACAACUACACUGCGCUUCUGGGAGUGUGGAUUUACGGCUUCUUUGUGCUCACACUGCUGGUCUUGGAUCUGCUCUAUUAUUCCGCUAUGAACUACGAUAUUUGCAAGGUUUACCUGACGCGGUGGGGGAUCCAGGGACGGUGGAUGAAACAGGACCCCCGGCGGUGGGGGAAUGCUGCUCGAGCCCCUCGGCCAGGACAGCCAGCCCCACAGCCACAGCCUCCCCCUGGUGCCCUGCCGCAAGCCCCCCAGGCCGUGCACACACUUCGGGGAGACACGCACAGCCCACCCCUGAUGACCUUCCAGAGCUCAUCUGCCUGAAAACCCUUUUGCUGUGCCUCAGGAUGGAGGAGGCUAGAACCAGAGCACCUGGUGCAGCCUCCAAGAGCAGCUUCAACCGAGACACCAGGGAGAGCCGGGGCAGUGGUGUGGUAACAAAAGAGGAAAUACCACCUGUGCCCAGAACCCCCAUCCGUGAACUUCUGAGAUUAGGAGCAAACUCAGGGUCCGGGGACAGGGUGUAGGAAAGGGGCUCUGAGCCGCCUGUCUGCAAGCAAUAGUUCUCUUUGGGGCUGGUGGCUUCUGAGAAGAGACUCGGUGUGGACUGAGGUGACCAAGAGUAAAUUGCCCUGACUGAUUCCAGCCAGAGGGAUUUGGGGCCGUGAGCUGUACCAUGGUCCAAACACUGACGUUUCCCCGCCUCCACUCCCUCCAAUAGCGGCCCCCUUAGGCCUAUCCGUGUCCGGAUAUCGAACUUGAGUGUGUGCGUGCA